AUGCAGCCUCAUCUUCUCGCAGCGCUCCUUGCGCUCCGCGCCGUUGCGGCGCCCCAGUCAACGGCUGAGCCGCCCAGUGCCGACCUCGUGGUCGAGGACGGCGUUGAGCUGGACGGCAACUUCAUCGAUGACCCCAUCUUUGAGAUUCUCUCCAAAUAUACCGUCUUGCCCAGCGACCCCAACGCCGAAGUGGUCGAAAUCCGCCAGCGCCGCUCUCCCCCCGAGACCGUGACGGCCGAGGUGGCCUCCAAGAUGAAGUCGCCCGGCGGCGGCAAAGACGGCCUCUUCUACCGCGGCGACUCGCGCCCACCAGCGGCCGUCUUCGCCGAGGGCUUUGCGCCGCAGGGCACCAACACGGAGCUGGAAAACCACCUCAGCUUCCGGGGCAAUUCAGGCCUCGUCUCGGUCUCUCGGUCGCCUCAACAAGCCGACUUGUAUGCGUUUGGCCGCAGCCCUAACAGGGCGACCACGGGCUACAUGUACGUCAUUAACGCCAAGGACAUCCCGGACGGCUACUGGGUGCCUGGCAUCUAUCCCCCAGAGAAGAACCCUGCCGUUGCUCGCAACCGGGAGUUUGCCGUCGUUGGCAGCAUCCCCGGGUCAAGCAUUUCGCACGCGUACGAAGUGACAAAGGAUAAGCCGCACUCUAGAAGCACAAAGAUCGACAACGACAACUAUGCCUAUAAGAAGUCUCCCUCCUGCUUUGGCUUCUUCGGCAAGCGCGCCACCUGCGACCCGGCCAAAUAUACGCCGGAGCCAACAAAAGCCGGCCGCGUCAGAGCCAAGGUGUCUGCCAAGUUCCGUGCCGGCGCCCGUGCCGGCGCAGCCGUCGCCUUUGAGGCGCUGUCGCCCUAUGCCCACGACGUCCUAGCCAUAGUCAAGUCCUGGGACAACCCCAUCGGUCACGCCGUCAGCUGGUUCGACGACACCAUCACCAGCAUCCAGGAAGCCAUUGGCGGCCCGCAGGUGCCCGAGAUCUACGGCAACACGCUUAAGCUGCGCUUCAUCUGCUGGAUGCGCGGCGAACAGCGCUGGAAGAAUGACGUCGACAGGGCUUGCGACCGCCUUCACGGGUCGAAGCCGAAUCCCCCCACGCCCGAGGAGAAGCGUGUCAAGGCCAUCAACAACUUGCUCAAUGCCUGCGAGAAGCUGGAAGACCCCAACGAGAAGCUAGCCAACGCGGACCAGAAGAACGAGCUGCUGGAGCGCUGCGAGGUGUUCCGUGAGCAUGCGGAAGACGCUUCCACCGGUAUUGAUUCGGAAUAUACCUAUGAGGGUGAUGACAGCUACCCUCCCCCACACGAGGCCGACGUCGGUAUCUAUAUUGACGAGAAUGGAGUCGAGCACGCCAUUCCUUGGUAG